CCCUGGCUGGUGGUGAUGGCUGCUGCUGCGUCCCUGUCUCCGGAGGAGCUGCUGCCCAAGGGCGGCUCGGGCAAGGCCGAGGAGCUGGAGGACGAGCUGGAGGAGGACGACGACGACGAGGAGCUGGACGAGACGCUGGCGGAGCGGCUGUGGGGGCUGACGGAGAUGUUCCCCGAGAGCGUCCGCUCGGCGGCCGGAGCCACCUUCGACCUGUCGCUGACGGUAGCGCAGAAGAUGUACAGAUUUUCCAGGGCAGCUCUGUGGAUUGGGACCACCUCCUUCAUGAUUCUGGUUCUUCCUGUCGUCUUUGAAACUGAAAAACUGCAGAUGGAGCAACAGCAGCAGCUGCAGCAACGACAGAUCCUCCUCGGACCCAACACGGGGCUCUCAGGGGGAAUGCCAGGGGCCCUGCCUCCACUGUCUGGAAAAAUCUAAUUUGUGGAAGCUGCAUUGGAUUCAUAUCAUGUGGGAAGACCUUGAGAUUAUGAUAUAUUGAACUGUUGAUUUGUUGGGUCAGGGCAUUUUUUUGUUUGUUUUUAUUUUUGGUUCUCCUUUGGGACAUUGACCUGUUUGUAAUGAGGGGGGAAAGCCCCACUCUGGACCUGAUGAUGGCUCCUGUCUGCAUCCUCCCCCCUGUAGAAGUCAUGAGUCUUUUCUUUUAGUCAAUCAGCAUGUCAUAACCAGUUACAGACUUGAACUGGGGGAGUUCCUCUUCCAGCUUCCUUGCCCCCCAUAAAACCACCCUGGGGCACAGGUCAGGCUUUGAAAGGCAGCAGCCAGACAAAACAAAUCGUUUCCUGGCUGGCUCGGCGCUGAAAGACACCGGUGACAAGAGGAGCAGUGACUUUCCCAGCAAGCAAAGCAAAGGCAGGAAGGGUGCAGGUAGCUGUACCCUGUGGAAAACACUCUCUGGGAAGAUGCUUCUGCAAAAUUACUUUCACUGCAACUUCAUGUGUGUGCGCAAAUACUGAGGGAGCAGCAGGCCACGUUCAAGACGAUCACGUCCGCACUGAUCCUCUGCCUCAUAAAGUAGAACUUCAGAUAUCAGCUGCGUGGUGUUUUUUGUAUUGAAUAUUAAACAAAUCCAGCCUGA